GAAAUCUCGCGAGAAGACAAAGAGGAAGCUGUUACCACGUGUGUUUCUGUAACAUGUUGUGAAAUCUAUUCAAUGUCCUUUCAUGCAAUGAUAGAGCUGCGUCCAUGGCGGGACACCUGAAGAAGCAGUUCAAAGAGGCAGCGAAGAUCAUCGGCUCAGGUAGCCUUCUGUUUGCCUCCUACCUCACUGCAGUUGGAGAUGAGCGUUUCUACGCCAAUCAGCUGAUGCCCCUGCUGCAGAGGAUUGUGGGGGCAGAGACGGCGCAUGUGUUAGCAGUGAAGAUGAUUGGUCUGGGUCUGGUUCCUCUGAACCGCUACCAGGACCCUGCAUCAUUGGAAGUGAACGUUCUGGGAUUAAAGUUUAAAAACCCCAUUGGGAUUGCGGCGGGCUUCGACAAGCACGGAGAGGCCGUAGACGGGUUGUACAAAGUAGGUUUCGGCUUUGUUGAAGUGGGCACAAUCACUCCCAAACCUCAGGAGGGGAACCCCAAACCACGCGUGUUUCGACUCACCACAGAUCGUGCAAUUAUUAACAGAUAUGGAUUCAACAGCUGUGGUUUGGCAGAAGCACAACAGAGGCUGAAGGCCAGGAGAGACACACAGCAACAAUACAGUAAAGCUGGCCUUCCCCUGGGCAUCAACCUGGGGAAGAACAAGCUGUCCCAGGACGCAGGGGCAGAUUACGUGGAGGGGGUGAGAGUGCUGGGCCCGCUGGCUGACUACCUGGUGGUCAACGUCAGCAGCCCUAAUACGCCAGGUCUCCGGGACCUACAAGGGAAGGCCGAGCUCCGCCAGCUCCUCCAUACGGUGUUGAAGGAGCGCGAUGCCCUGCAGGGAGAACGGAGACUCCCGGUCCUUGUGAAGAUCGCUCCUGACCUCACUACCCAGGACAGACAAGACAUUGCUGAUGUUGUCACUGAGCUGGGAGUGGAUGGUUUAAUGGUGUCUAACACCACGGUGUCCAGACCAGAAACACUUCAGGAUUCAAACAAAUCUGAGGUUGGUGGGCUGAGUGGCCAGCCCCUCAAAGACCUCUCUACCAGCGUUGUGAGCGAGAUGUACAACCUCACUAAAGGUAAAGUACUAAUCGUUGGGAUCGGUGGUGUGGCCACUGGGCAGGAUGCUAUGGAUAAGAUUUGUGCCGGUGCAUCACUGGUCCAGCUUUACACAGCUUUGACCUACCAGGGUCCGCCCAUAGUGACGAAGAUAAAGAGAGAGUUGGAACAGCUUCUUAAAGAACAAGGUUUCAGCAGUGUAUCAGAGGCAGUAGGAGCAGAUCACAGGGGAGCAGAUGGGUCGACUCCUCAUAAGCAGAGCUGAUAGAUGGUAAAUGUUAACACUGACACGCAGCACCUGUAGCGGCCGUCUCCUCCAAUCAGCCAACACGAUCCUCAACUUUACCUGAACUAUCAUGAAUGUUGACUAUUUGCGAUUGUCCAUCCGUCCGCCUUGAUCUCCAGGAUGAGAUAUGGUCCGAAAAAGUAGCUGCUGAAUCCAUAUUUUCAGUAUUCGUGAUGAGCAAAUGCUGAAGACCUUUACUUGAACAUGAUGGGGAAGUCAGUAAUGAAAAGUCUUUGAUGUUGUAUUAAGAAGCUGAGGUGUGUUUGUAACUUUAUUUCAGACGUCCAUCCUUUGUUACAGUGUAACAGCAGUUAAGUGUUUCUCAAGUGCAUUCUGACACCAAAGUGUAAACAAUUAACCUCUCAAACCUUUUUUUUCUUGUGUGUAAAGAAAAUAAUCUGACAUAUUAUACGGAUAAAAUAGCAAAAUUUGUUUGUCAUACUGUCUAAUUCAGAAGUCCAAUCUAAAAAUAGACGAUUCAUAAAUAAUAAUAAUAAUAAUAAAUGAAUUACGUAUUCAAGAUGAUACUGUACAAAAAGAGGAAAGUCCUACAACUGAGAUACACUAGAUAUUCAUAAUGAAACUGAAAAGAAAAAUGUAUUUGUUCCAGUAUGGGAGAUCCACAACUGGAAUCAAACUACUAUUAUAGUAUGAUUGAUAACGCAAAAAAAUAAAUGAUGG